UUUUAAUAUAAUUACUUUACUAUUACUUUUACUUUAAUAUUUACAACAAAAACACCAAAAUGGACGACCCGGUCAUUGAGGGCGGCCCUGAAAGCUUCAAGAAGCAAGGUAACAUGGACUAUGCCGCAGGAGACUACCUUAAAGCCCUCGACUCGUACAACAAGGCCCUUGCCUUUUUUCCCUCGACACAGCUGUGUGGGGAACAACAAGCUUUAUGCUUUUGCAUCCGUUCAAAUCGGAUGCAAACUUUGUUAAAAAUACCAAAUGCGACUUUUCUUGAUGAGCGUGAAGAGCUAAUAUCGGAUGUUCUCCAACUUUACAACCAACCAAACAAGUUCGUGGAUGAAAUUCUAGUCGUCAAAACACUAUGUCGCAUUGCUAGAUCCUACUGCCAGGAGCACAACCCUCUGUCGGCGUCGGUGUAUCUCCGUAUGCGUUUUCAUUAUGCGGAUGAUGUACUGAAGAAGGAAACGAAUCAGCUCCUACUUGACGUUACGAGACCAUUCUGGAAGGUGCUGCUUCGGAUUGGAGAUGCGAGAGUACUCAGAUCAAUCAAUAAGGCUGCACAAUGUUGUAGCAUUUGUCUCAAGGAGUGUACAAUUACAGAUACGGAGGAUGAUGAAUAUAAAUGUAUCGAGCUAAAAUGCGAGCAUACACUCCAUCUGAUGUGCGCACUGCGGUGGUUUUACGAUACAAAAUAUUUUUGCCCAAUGUGUGGAGAGCGGUUGAAUGAAUGGAUCGCCUGAAAAAGUUGCUUAAGGAUCUAGCCUGGCCAAUUCAACAAUCUAAAUAUCUCAAAUCUUCAUCCCUCAUUAUCCAAGAGUAUUUACCUUACUAAGCCUCUAAUC